AUGGCAUCGCGCGAAAUGGGAUAUGAGGACAACUGGAAAGCGGCCCUUGAAGAAGUCAAGCACGACUUCGUGGAACCGGGGAAAGAAACAGAUCUAGUACGAGACCUGACUCGCGAGGCUAUCUCCUUUGUCGAAGAAUACCAGCUUGUCACCGUGCCGCCAAUUACAAAGGAAACACCGGCGACACCAAAUAUACUUAUCCGUACUCGCCCCUAG